AUGACGAAUGCAGAGCAAGGAGAAACAUUAUGUAAAUUAGAAGUAUCCUUAGAAAGGGUAAGAAAAUUUGACUAUUCGCAAUUUGGCGAUGUGAGACGUAUUGGGAGUGGGAAAUUCGCGAUCGUGUAUUCGUCCACUUUUGAAAAUUGUAAUUAUGCAUUAAAAAGCCUAAAUAACAACUUGCAAAUUGACGUUAGAACGAUAGGGAGAAUUAAACGUGAGAUUGAAAUUCUUUAUGAUAUGAGCACGAGAAUAUUAUCAAACUUUACGGAAUUUCAAGAGUUUUAUGUUGGUAUUGCAACUAGCAGAUUGUACACUGAGAGGUCAUUUAAAAAGAAAACAACAUGA